UGCCAAGAAGAGCAGAGGCCAGCAAGAGGCACGGUGGAGGUGGCUGAAGACAGCGUUUCUCCUCUCCUCUGCUGCUGCGGGUGGCCUCCUGAGCUGGAGCUACCUGAGGGCUGAGGAUGGGGUCACAGAGGUGCUGGCUCAUCGCAGUGAGGACCUGCAGGACAAGUUCAUUGAGAUCCCCUGCUCUGAGGACUACGACAGCCACAAAAGAUUUGAAGGGUGCACUCCUAGAAAGUGUGGAAGAGGUGUGACCGAUGCAGUAAUCACGAGGGAAGAAGCUACAAGAAUCCGUAGAGUAGCAGAGAGGGGACUGUCCUUGGGAGGAUCUGAUGGAGGGGCAUCAAUUUUGGACUUGCACUCUGGAGCUCUUUCACUGGGGAAGCAUUUUGUUAAUCUGUACAGGUACUUUGGGGACAAAAUUCAAGACGUCUUCACAGAAGAGGAUUUUGCAUUAUAUCG